CCUCCUCCUGUCCCCCCUGCUCCUCCUCUCCGGCCUCUCCGCAGCCCCCUCCUCCCCACCCCGUGCCCCGCUCCUCCCGCCGCUGCCAGCUCUAAGAUGCCCCGCUAUGAACUGGCUUUGAUCGUGAAAGCCAUGCAGAGGCCUGAGACAGCUGCCGUGCUCAAGCGCACCGUGGAGGCUCUGCUGCAGAGAGGAGCCAUCGUCAGGAGCCUGGAGAGCCUGGGGGAGAGGGCCCUGCCCUACAGAAUCACCAAGCACAAGGAGCGCCACAAGAGAGGAGGGUAUUUCCUGAUCGACCUGGAGGCCCCCCCGUCCCUGGUGUCCCCCAUGAUGGAGCACCUGGGAAGGGACAUCGAUGUCAUCCGAAGAGCUUUCACCAAACACCCCCUGGCCAGGCCAGAGGAGUGCAGGGGCAUCCUCCCAGCCAGCCCUGAGCAGAAACUCUCUGCCAAGAAAAACUGAAAUUCCCAAGGGUUUCAAACCUCCUCCAACCCAUUUUUAUUUUUAUCCUGAAAGAUUUGGGAUAGCUCCAUCACAAAAGAAAUUAAAAAUCCCUUUUGCCCGUGGGAUGUGUGUGGUCUGUCACAGGACCCUCAUUACUGGAACAACUGAGGAUUCUUUUUGUUUAAAAUACUUGGGAGGGUUUUUAUCUGGGUGCUUAUCUUGCUGUUGGACAACUCUGCAAAUUGAUUUGCUUUUCUCUCGGAGCAUUACAUUGAUAAUGAAGAUUUCUCCAGCAGCAGGAUGCUGUAAUUUGCAUUUUUCCCAGAAAUUACUCCAGACCAUGGAUAUUAACAAGUCUGCAGUGUAAAUGUAGAAAUCUGGGAUGUGAUUUGGUGGGGUUUGCUUUGGGGGUAUAAAAAAGGCAAUAAAAGUGUGGCUAAAAGUAAAA